AAUAUAUUCAAUUUUACAAAAGCACCAAUCAGUAAUUUUAACUUACUUAGAAUUUAGUAUUCAACUUGGUACUUCUAAAGCAAUAAUUGUGUCAUAACAUUAUGUAAUUCAUAACACAUUUUAAAAUUUUUAUAUCAAGUACUACUUAUAAGUUAUAUUUGUCUGAAAUAUUUAUGUUAUAAAUCAUAAAUCUUUAACAAUUUUAUUCAUUUUAAUAUGGCAUCAAACGAAAUUAGAAAACAAGUACUCACUACUUUCAAAUUGGUACAUAGAGCUAGACUACUAUGUUUUAGAAAUGAUACUCAAAUGUUAAAUGCUGCCAAACAUCAAAUUAAUGAGGAAUUCAAAAAAAAUAAAACUGUCUCAGAUCCUGUUAUGGUUCAGAAUCUUUUAACCUUUGCUCAAGAUGUUGAGCAUGAACUAAGGACUCAAGUUGUACAAGCAGAAAGAGUUAAUGAAAAAAAAUUUAAAUUGAAUUUAGACCCAGAACGCCAUACUAUGGAUAACAUACCAUAUGUUGAAUUAGAUGAUGAAGCAUAUAAAAAAUGGAAAGAAGAAAAAAAGAAAGGUAGCAAAAAAAAUGAAAAGUGUUGCUGCGAAUAGAUUAUACUAAUUUGUAUUUUGAUUUUUAAUUUUUAAAAAUUUAUAAUGCAAUUGAAUAUAUGUAUAGAAUUGUUUUUAUUGUAGAUCUACUGAUCAGUAGUAAAUUAUAUAUUAAUAUAUAAUAGUGUUUCCGACACACAUUUUAUUCACAA